AUGCCAAUUCAGCAUAUACCUUCACCAUUAUUUGAGCAAUGGAAUGAGAGAGUUAAGGUCCAAAAGAUUAACGAAAAUGCCCCAAAUAUUGCCAAAAAGCUCCUAGUGGAAGACGAAAAGCAUCGAGUAAUUUCAGUGUGGGGAAUGGGGGGAUCAGGCAAGACCACCAUUGCCAAAAAGCUCUACAACGAGAACAGCACCAGCUUUGAUCUUUGCGCGUGGGUUUGCAUUAGUCAGCAAUGUCAGAGUUUUCGAUCAGUUUGGGAGGAUGUUCUCAUGCAGCUACAGCAUCAAAACACGAAGGAUGGGCCAAAAAUAAGGGAGGACGUUACAAGUUUGAGCGAGUGGGAGUUGAAGGAGCGAUUAUGCAAGAUACAAAGAGAGAAGCGAUGUCUGAUUGUUUUUGACGAUCUUUGGAAAGUUUCUGAUUGGGAUGACUUCAAGCAUCCCUUCCUUGUCCAAGGUUUGCAGAGCAAAAUCUUGAUCACCACGCGCAAACGGGAAGUCGCGGAGAUUGGAUGCCCUGUCAAACUUGGGCUUCUAAAAGAGGAAGAUGCUUUGGAACUACUCAAGAACAAAGCAUUUCCCCACACCAACAUUCCAGAGUUUGCAUUGGAAGAGAAUGUUGAGAAAAUUGGGAAAGAAAUGGUGAAGAAAUGUGGGUAUUUGCCGUUGGCAGUUUGUUUACUCGGUGGGGUCUUGAGAAAGACAAAUUCGAUGAUGGAGUGGAAGUUAGUCAAAGAAUUCAUAUAUAGAGAUGAAAAGGAGAUUGAUGGAGUGCUAAAUUUAAGCUAUGAAAGUCUACCCUAUUAUUUGAAGUCAUGCUUUCUCUAUAUGGGUAUAUUUCAAGAGGAUGAAGAUAUAUAUGUUGAGAAUCUAUAUAUGAUGUGGAUACAAGGCAUGAUUUCUAUUGGAGACAAGGACAAAACUUUGAUGGAAAUUGCAGAGUUCUACUUGGGUGAGUUGGCCUCCAGGUCCAUCGUCCAAGUCAAAAUUUACGAUGGUGUCACACCUGGAAGAAGAUAUUCGAGCUGCAAACUUCAUGAUGUAGUAAGAGAACUAUGUUUGAAAUUGGGGAGAAGUGAGGAUUUUGGUGCGCAGAGUUUGGAGUAUCAAAGUGGGAAAGCUUCCUCGCAUAGGAAAAUACGGCAUUUGGCUAUACAUUUCAGGAAAGAAGUUCAAGUGGAACCUGACGAGCUUACACUCACUUGGGGAGAAGAUAGUAGCGAACAUUUAAGGUCUCUUCAAAUGUUCAAUCACAUAGAUUCGGGUGUUGUUGUUGAGUUUCCCCCGCAAGGUAUCGUUGAUUUUCAGAAAUUCAAAUUGCUGAGAGAUCUAGUUAUGGUGGGAUUCAAAUUUGAAGGAAGAAAGUUAUCGAAAGGAAUCACUAGCCUUGUUCACCUUAGACGUUUGCGUUUAGAAAGAUGUGAAUUUGAUACGCUAUCGUCGUCCAUAAGGAAUUUGGUAUACAUGGAUACCCUUCAAUUAACUUAUUCGAUGAAUAUUGAAGUUCCAAAUGUUUUUAAGGAGAUGGUACGUUUAAAGCACUUGUUUCUUCCGGAGUAUGAUGAGGAAAAAAUUGGAAGUUAUCGAUUGACAUUGGACGAGGGAGUGAUUGAGUUGGAGACCCUGUUGUAUUUGGAUAGUAGAGUGCAUGACUUAAAAUGUAUGAACAGAAUGAAAAAUCUGCGAAGUUUCUCAACAAAAAUAUACGACAACGAAAGCUUGUCAGCCAUCAUCGACGCCAUUGCCCUCAUGGAAAAGUUACUGUUUUGUUGGGUUGAAAUCAAAAAGGGUUGCGAGUUAGGAACAAAUAAGGGAGUGUUAACGCUCAAGAAGGUAAUCACAUGUCCCAAUCUUCAUUCAUUGUGUAUUAAAGUUAAGUUAGGGAAGGCGCUGGCAGAGUGCGGGAGUGACUUCAUGAUGAGCUCAAGACUUACGUUGUUGUGGCUGGAUGAAUGUGAGAUUGAGGAUGAUCCAAUGGGGAUACUGGGGAAGCUUCCUUGCUUGAUAGAUUUGGGUUUAUUUAGGAAAUCAUUUGUGGGGGAGGAGAUGACGUGUCCAUCAAACAGUUUUCCUCGCCUCAAGAUGCUUUGGCUAUGGGUGUUACCAAAGUUGAGGGAGUGGAGAGUGGAGGCAGGAGCCAUGCCCCUUCUCUCUGAAUUGGAGAUCCGUCAUUGUUCCAGUCUGAAGAUGCUUCCAGAUGGUUUGAGUGGCAUUUCUACUCUUCGGAAACUGAAGAUUUUUAAAAUGUCGGAAAUGGGGAAGAGGGUAUCGGCAUCAGGAGAGGAUUUCCACAAAGUCAGCCAUGUCCCUUCAAUUAUCAUCCAAAACUAUUGA